ACUUUGUGGGAUCUCAGGAAUGGAAAUAGCCCAAGUAUAAAGGGCAGAAGGCAGAAGUGGUUAAAGAACUGGAAGACCUUUUGAGAGCAUGGAGCUGUCAGGACCUCAAGACAUGUUUACAUAGGGUGUCCCAACUAACUUGCUCAGGAAGACCAAGGAGGAGAGCAAAGGAGUUUGCAGAAUCUCCCAGAGACCUGGCAAUCCACACUGAGGAAUUCAGGGGAAACUCUGCGGCAAAGACUUUUUUUCGGAGCCAGAGAAAAAUUCCUGGAGGAGCCAUGAAUUCCCUCGGCCUGCUCUGGCUGGGAGCCUUCCUUGGCCUGGCUUCUGGCUGCCCCGCAGAUUGCGACUGUCACCGGAAAUUCAGCUUCCAGAUUGCCGAUUGUGCCUACCGAGACCUGGAGGCCGUUCCCUCUGGCUUCCUCCCCAACGUCACCACUCUGAGCCUCUCUGCCAACAAACUCACGGGCUUGGGGGCUGCCGCCUUCGUGGAGGUCCCCCUGCUCCAGUCCCUGUGGCUGGCAUACAAUGAGAUCAGCAGUGUGGAGCCAGGGGCCCUGGCUGUCUUAAGCCAGGUAAAGAGCAUCGAUGUGAGCCACAACCGGCUCGCCGACUUCCCCUGGGGAGACCUGCACAACCUGAGUGCCCUGCAGCUGCUCAAGAUGGACAACAACCACCUGGUGGCAUUGCCCCAAGAUGCCUUCCUGUCCCUGCAAGCACUGAGGUCGCUCCAGCUCAAUCACAACCGGUUCCUCACCAUCGCCGAGGGCACGUUCGACACGCUGACCUCACUGUCCCACCUGCAGAUCAACAACAACCCGUUCAACUGCUCCUGUAGCCUCCUCUGGCUCAAGGCCUGGGCUGAGGACACCCAUGUCUCUAUCCCCGAGCGCAACUCCAUCAUCUGUGCUUCUCCACCCUCCCUCCAGGGGGUCCCCCUGGCACGUCUGCCCCCACAGAGGUGCACUCCUCCGACAGCGCGGGUCUCUCACCGCCCCAGCUUGGACAGUGCUGAGGUCCAGGAGGGCUGGUCCCUGGCACUGCACUGUGCCACCGGUGGGCACCCCCAGCCCCAGCUCCAGUGGCGGAUCCAGACCCCCGGGGGAACAGUGGAGCUGCGCAGUCCCAAUGUUCAGAGAGAUGGUCGGGCCCUGGCUGGAGGCCCCAUGCACCCCCGUUUCCUGGCCUUUGGGAAUGGCAGCCUGGUCGUCCCCCAGUUCAGCCGCCUGGAGGAGGGCACCUACACGUGCCAUGCAGAGAACGAGCUGGGGCACGCUGAGGGCUCGGUCAACGUAACCCUGGUGACGGCGGAAAGCCCCCUGGAAGAUCUGCUCAUUCGGAAGUUUCAGGCUAAAAGGGAGGGCAGGAAGGGCUGCUCCACCAUGGACAAUGAAGUGGAGCCCUUGGGUGCCGAAGACAACAUCGUCAUCAUUUACCUGUCUGGACGGGGACCCCAGAAGGGCAGGGCGGGGGCGCCACUAAACAUAGGCCUCUGGCUUCCCUUGAUCUGCUUGGCCCUCCUGACCAUCUAGCUGAAUGGCACCUGCCCCAACCCCCACCUUCUAGUUGCCAUCUUGCUCCUCUCCCUGGGGCUACAAGGCUGCAAAGCUGCUGCGCUCUUUCUCCCCUCCCCCAUUGGCGACCCAGCCACCACUAGAAACGUUGCACAGCUGCUAGAAGGCUCCACCUGCCUCUCCAAGACCUAGCUCCUGGGAAGUGCCAGGCUGGGUGUGAAAGGUGCCUCAGACAGAGAACCCAGAUUUGCCAGAGAGAGAGAGAGAGAUCUCAGCUCUUGUUGGCUGUCUGGCAAGCUGUCUGGCUGGGUGAGUCAAGCAGCUGCAUCUGGAGGAGCCGGGGGCAGGAAAGCAUUUAAUCUUGGCUCCCAAUGAGCCAAUGAGAUUCUGGCUGCCCGGGCCACUGCCAGGCAUGUUUGGCUUAGACCAGGCUUUCAGUCAAGGAAGUGUCUGAAGGAGCUGAUCUCUCUCCGGCUAGAUGCUCCCCUCCCCAGCCGGAUUCUCCCUGCUGCGGCUCGGCCUUAGUAACCUCUUGUAUGUGCCCCAUGGGGGCUGCUCACUGCUAUUAUUUGCCCAUAUUGCACCCCUGUCUCUUUUGGAAGGGGAAGGCCCUGGGUCCAGGGCGGGGAGUUAGCCUCUUUGUCAGAUGCGAAGGCUUGGGUGCCUUGUUGAAGGUGAUAUGGUCCAGGUGCCUCAGUUCCUAGAAUUGGAGGGAUGGGAAUGAGUGGGUAACCUACCAUAUUUGCUAGUGUAUCAGAUGCUCUGGAGUAUAGGACUCAGGUCGUACUCCCAACAGCAUUCAUCUUUGCCAUUGGCACCUUGCCUGGGAAUAAGACACAUAUUCUCAAAGUCAGAUUUCCCACAAGAAAAAAUAUACACCAGCAAAUAUGGUGGGUAACAAGAAAGCUAUCUAUAAGCAGAUCAGUAUCCAUCUUUAGCAUUCAGUUCAAUGGGCCACUCUAGGGCUGGAGCCUGCCCACUCUCAUUAAAUCAUCCCAUGUUUCCUAGUUAGGUACCUUGUUGAGCCACCUCCAGCUGGGGACAGUUAACUGGCGUCAGAACCCAGCUCCCUGCACUGAGGCCUCCAGUUAGGCCAGUGGGUACAUCCUUGUGACCAGGAUACAGGGCUACUGGGAAAGGAGUGGGCAGUGCUAGAAGUUGCCUAGAUAGAGGCCAGAGAGCUAUCUGUGGUUUCCCUGGACAUUCUUCUGCAUUCUCUGACCUAAUGAAACAGCUUGAAGAGGGUAUGGCAGGGCUCUAGGUCACCCCAAAAGUCAAAUCUUUCAGGUUUGGAUUCCUCUGGGGAAUGGAAGGCACUGUUUGGGGUUUGGACCAGCUCUUCCACUUAGUAAGACAAGAUCCCUUUUGAGCCCAGUCCUCAAGCCUCUAAUCUCUGCUCGGACCCAAACCAAGCCACUGAAGCACAGCCUGGCACUUCUCCCACAAGGAUCACGGGAAAGCCUCGGAGGGGUCAUGGAGCUCUCAACAGCUGUUUGAUGGGAGCAGCAAUUGGGCAUUUUUUGGUGGACAAAUAAGGAAAGCCUGUCUCCUCCAUCUCCUGUACAGCUUUUGUCAUGCAGCCAUGAGGGCGGGAGGCAAACCAGACUUCAGUUGGUGAAGUGGGGAUGGGAAUAUAAGGAACUUCCUAGGAAAGUUUGAGGAGCAUCCUGAAGUAGUCAGGGGUCCCCAGAAGAAUCCCUGCAAUUCCAGGCAGUCUAGAGGUGAUAGGGAUGACCCUGUCUGUUGAUUUAUCUAUGGAAUCUAGGGAUUUGUCUGGGAGAUUGACCAGAGGAGAUCUGCAGACCAUGGAUGUCUAUGAACCCCAUGCCUUCCAGGGCCACUAGGAUUUUUCCUUUAGUGGCCCUGACCCUUCCACUUUAGACUGACAGUGAACACACUCUCAGCUCUCCAGGACCCUGUUCCUGCAGCUAGAGAACGCUAAGGGUAGGGUCGAGUCAGCUUGUCACUUACUAGCUGACCCAGGGUGAGUUGGGAGCCAGUAGCCCCCAAAUGGCUCUGCCUCUCCUGAGUUGGCUAGAGAGGAUGGUGCACAGAAGUGAAAAGCCAACUCCAGCUUCUCCCUCCCUCUCAUUGAUCCCCUGUACUCCAUGAGUAAGACUCUGCCUGAGGCCGAGUUAAAUGUCACUGCUCUUCCUUUCCUGGGGAGCCCAUGGUUCUGCUAGCUGCCAGGUUUUUGGUACUAAGGUCUCUGAGGCACAGUUUAGUGCUCUGUACCCAAAUGUAGUUUCUGACCCCCGCAGGUGGCCUGUGUCUUUCCUCUCUCAUCUCAAGUGGGGCAGAGUGACUUGUGUAUGCUAUAUGGAAGCAGGAGGCCCCACUGGAAAGGCGAGUGCAGGGCCCACUGACCACCCCUGGACUGGAGCUGCCCUUGCCUCCAUGCCUCUCCUUCCUCUACCCACCAUCCACAGCCCUCCAAGGAAAGGGCAGAAGGAAGGGGUCGGAGGGCACAGCAGGCCUUCACUAAGCCCAAGGUAACAAGAAACAGCUGGCAGGACCUGGGAAGUCACAGUCUUGUGGCAGGAUGGGGAAGCUUUGGGCAGACCCACCGAGUGUUCACCUUGUUGACCAUUGCUAUCUUGCCCCAAACUGCCCAAAUCAUACUGAGGGGCUACUGCUCAGAGGUCAGAGAGUUCAGGUGAGCUAAACCUUCUACUGAGCUGAGUUCCCUGCCCCACUAACCAGAGGCCAGAGCCAAAGGGGGAUGGGGGUGCGGUUGGUGGGGGUAUGAAGAUGGAAAUUGUUGCUGCUGCUGCUGUUGCACACGACCUGGCAUGUGCUGACUUACCUCACCAAGGGUGACUGAACCUCCACAGGGGAGUUUGAGUGUCCCAUGUAGGCCUGAGUGGGUGCCAUGCCUGCUAAGAAACUCACUACUCAGCUUCUAUUCUUGGGGAGGAGGACCAGCCCCUCUAAUAUCUCCUGAGGAGCCACUGGCCACAGGCUUUGAAUGAAAAGAUUCUCAGCUCUGAGGCCACAAACAAUUGGCAGGACUUCUCAGGGAGUACGUGACUCCUCCUGAGCCCUGGGGAGGUACUCACAUUCCCUCUGAGGAGAGAGAACCCCUGAAGCAGAUCUUCCAGGGAGAAGUAGAGAGAAAAGUGUGGAGAGAGAAAGAGAGAAAAGAGACAGAGGCAGAGAGAAAGAGUGAGAGUGUGUGUAUGUAUCAGGAAAUGGAUUUGAAAGAGCAAGAGAGAAACACUUUGAGUUGGACUGUACCAGCAUCAGGGGGCUGGUCUCUCACACCUUUUCAGGUGUCCCAGCAGAGAUGCUGUCUGCCCCAAUUCACCCCGCGCUGCCCAAUAUCCCUACUGGUUAUCCUGUUACUCAUUAUGUAUUCUUGUAUAAACACCACCCCUGCUCUGGGCAUUUGGGGAUAGGAAAAGUGGGAAAGGGGCUCUGAGUAAUAAAAGAAGCUCAAACACCA